UCAUGUACCAGAUUUUUUGGUGGGAAAAGGAACCCGGUUUUCCGCAUAUAUAAACCGCAACCAAAAAAUAACAAUUAGAAAGUGUAGAGCGAACUCAAGUAGUCGAGUCUCGAGACGAUCUGACGAUGUAUAAAAGGAAGAAUCAAUCUUCUCCUCAAGGCGAAACGGCUCGAAUUCUGGUGGAAUUCAUGGAGGUCGCUAUCACUUCAAUUGUGUUUCUCAAAGGCGUGUAUUCUCCCGGAGCAUUUGAGAGGAGGCGGUAUAUGAAUGUGGUGGCUCAUAAGGCUCGGCAUCCUCAGCUCAGAGACUACAUUCAUCAUUCUCUUACUGGCUUACUUCCUUCCAUUGAAAAGGGACUGGUGGAGAGGGUUGCAGUUGUUUUCUUUAACAAAGAGAACAUCCCAUUGGAGAGAUUUGUUUUCAAGCUUACUGUAAACCAGGCUUAUGACUCAGAGGUAGAAAAAACUGACCUGGAGUUCUCUCUAAAGUCAUUUCUAACCAAGCUUUCGGUGUCAGAAUCUCUCACUAAAGUUCUGCCCAAGGAAUUCCACUGUCUUUUGUUUACAGACUGUAGGUGGCAGAUAAUGUCAUAUUUUCACUCUCUUCCACAGUUUAAUGCAAGUACUGGUGUAGAGUCAUGGAUUCCAACAGAUAUUCAACAGUGGCAGCAACCUCCGUUGAUAACUCCUAUAAAGUCAAUGAGUAGUGAGCCUCUAGGUGUGCAAUUAUAUAUGGAACAUCCAAGCCUGUCAGGAUCGCAGCUUUAAAGUUGUAGCAUUGGUAGUAUGUGGUGUGUACUGCAAAUAAAGCAUGAGAGACUACUUCCUGAGUCGGCAAGAAGGUUUAAACAAUUAAUAUGACUACAAUCUAGUAAGAUGUCAGUAUUGGAUUUUCGAACUUGAGCUGAAGGGAUGUCCAUACUUUCUGAAGAAUCAGAGUCACUACUAAUUAGCUGAAAAUAAGGUGAAGUAGUUCAUUGAUGAAAAUUCAUGAACUAUUAAAUUGAUAAUGAGAACUGGUGGUGCCUUCGAUAGAUUGCAAGUCUAUACAGACACAAAGUUUGAAUUCCUUUGAAGGCUACAUACGAAGAUGCAGAUAUGUGUGGUAAAUGUGUAAGUAAUAACUGAAAGAAUGCUUUCUGAUCUAUUAUGCUUCGGAGAAUUGCUACUGGAGGAUCAUUUAUGUGUUUGGCUAUUGGAUUCAUAUACUAGAUGUAAUGUAGUUUAGCUCCUUUUCAUUGAAAAUAUAUUAACCUUUAGUUUGAAACUUCGAGCUGUGAAUGAAUGUAGUAUUGAAGCUGUUACAUUGGGCACUUCAAUUACCUUGUUAUGUGCACUUAGUAUAAGCUCCUUGUUUCAUUAACAGAACUUGAUAUCUAGGGAUCAGUUUACUUGAUACGUAUUUCAGCACUCUAUAAACUUUAACUUUCUGCGCUACUUAGUUUAGACAUUUUAUAGUUACUUUCCCAUAAUCGUGCUGCAAGUUCUAGGAAAAUUCAAUAGAUUACUCACAUUGUAGCCCAAAACAGUGAAUGCUUUUUAUGCCAAUAAUGAGGUUGCAGCUUUAAUAUGGCCACUCCUUUUCCCUGAUAACCACAUAUGGUGCAGAACCUAGGAUUAAAUAUGCUAAAUUCAAUGAAUGUUGGCUCUUGGCAUCUGAGGAUAUAUUUUCGUUUUAACUUGUAGGAAAGAUCUAAGGUUAUUAGUACUUUCACCACAGGUUUCUUGUUGAAAUAUUACCAGAUAAUGUGACUCGUUGAUAGUGCUAGUCCUUAUAGGUCAUAAGUAUUGUCAAAGGCUCAAUGCUGUUAAACUUAAUUUCAUUGUACUACUAUUUUCUAUGCUUUCUAAUAAAGCCUAGUUUUAGCCAAAUGUAUGUUUUCUACUUUAUGUGUAAUAGUUGCCCUGUCACCUGGUAUAGUUUUUGUUGUAGUAUAGCACCAGACCUACUAAUGUUGUAUUUGUGUCAGACCUUUGUAUAAGUUUUGCUACCUGAAUCAUAUUGCAUAGACUUGCAAAACUUUGUAGAUAGUUUACUGUGGCAGGUGAUAUUGAGUAUGAUAUGUGGGUGAUUCUAUAAGACAGAAAAUACAGAAUCAGGGCUGCUAUUUGAUCAGUACCAUUAAAGAUAGCAUUCACUCGAGAAAAAAGUUGGAGGACCAAGGCAAAUUGAAUCACAGAGAUUGGUGUGAUAGUUUUUAUCAGGUGAGCUUUUAAGGUUUGAUUUCUGAAUUUUAAUGUGAUAGCUUUCAUGAUUUGAUUUCUGAAUUUUAGUCUUUUAAAUGCUACCUGCUUAAUAUGUUUUUAAAUAAUUUAAUAUAUGCCUGCACUCUACUCCACUGAAGUUUUUCUGAAAUCACUUGAUUUACAAAAUGUCUACCCCUCGGACCGCAAGUGGAACAAAUAAUAGCCCCAUCAACAAGGUGACAACUGGAUCAUCAAGCCUGUAUUACAGAGUGCAUCAUGCUAAUUGCCUCUUUUGGAAAGUGAAUUGGCUAGCAUGUUUUAAUGUGUUGUCAGCUAUAUUUACUGAUGAGAGAAUCGGUUUCAUGAAUUUCUUUCAGAAUGAAUCCAUUGGACUAGGCACACUAAUUGAGACCUUUCCUGCAAGUUUUAUUAACAGUACUUAUUGCCUAUACACAUCUGAAAGUCAUUCUUGUUUAGGGACUGGUUUGCCAUCUGGUAUCGAGUUAUUUGUAUUUGUUGUAUUGUGUGACCCCUUUUAGUGCUGAGAAGUUCCUUUAUGGGACAGCAACCUAGAGAAUUAUACAAGCAUGUAAAACACAGAUAUACAGCGACCUGGUUUCACGGAAAGUAAUAAGUUUACAUCCACAUCAACACAACAUGUAUAUGAGCAUGAAUUUAGGGAGUAUUAGGUGUUUAGCAACAGGAUUUUGUGUAUUUUCUAUGAUGGUAUCUAAUCUCUACUGUCUUAUGGCAUUUUGAAAUAAAAAACUUCAUUUUAUUGAUCUCCCAUGGACCCAUUUGAUCUUAAGUUCAUUUGGUGAGAUUGGGCAGUUAUGUCCACAUGUUGUUUGUGAUUGUUACCAACCUAACAAAGAGUGAGAUGAUAAAGUUUUGAUACAUAGUUGUACACUUGUACCUCAAGGGGACCAUUUUAUGAUCAUAAACUCGUAAUAAUGAAAUUUUGGUUUCAGAAGAAAAUGCAAUGGUCCAAUACUGGUGGACCUAUAAAUUCUUACAUCGACUUGCUGAGCUGUUGACAACACAAAAUAUUGCAAAUUUCCAUGUUAGUGAUCAUACCAAAUUUGUCCUGUAAUUUUCUGUGAUGGUUGAUUGUCUUGUGUAUCAGUCUCAACUCUCAACCAUGUAGUCCUUGUCUUUCUACUGUAUGUGUCCCUAAAAAGACUAAUCUGUUAGGAUAGAGGAGAAUAGCAUAAAAUCAUAGACCAUCUAUCUGCUUAGUCUUGACAAUGAAUCAGGUAUUAUUACAGUGGAAUAGAAUCAUACUUUUUAUAAUUGUAUAGAUUUAUAGCUUGGUGAUGUAGGACCUAAGUACCACAAUGAAGCAAACACUGAAAUAAUAACAGAAGUUUGUUAUGAUGACCAAAACAUUACAAGUGAAUCCUCUGUAAAGCAUUCACUCUAUAAGAUGGGUUUCAAAGGGUUUUGGUAACCUAACUUGGACUAUGAAUAUCUUAGCUACAUAUAACAUGUGAUCAAUCCAUGUUAUUAACUUCAAAUGAAACUGGAAAAAGUAAUUAACAGUCGGAACGAAAACUUGUCAAAGAGCCUCUCGCACUUUUUCAUGUUGUAGCUCCCAAGCUUUCGAUCUGACAACUUUUAGGUCUUUUAGCUCCUUCAGGAAUAAAGCUUGUUACAAAUUUGCACAUUUUGCACUUCUAAUACUGUAAAUUCCCCAGCACUAGAUUGAGUCUGUCAUAUGAGUUUUAGCACUUGGCUAAUCCAGCAAGUUAAAGAAAAUAACAUUCCCUGUAACUGUAAAAUAUGAUAGCAUAUGACAUAAUGACACUCUGUUCACACAGAGAGGUGGGAUGACAACAGUAGGCACCUUGUCCAAAAGCUAACCACUAAAAUCAUUCAAUUUUGUCUGGUUAAGCGGGGUACACACACGAAAUAAACAUAAUCAUUCACGUAAAGAAUACUGCACUCGUGUUUAUUGUCAGUUCCUCCUCUAAAGUGUUGUUUUUACAGUGGGAUGGGCAAUAUAUACUAUCCAUGCUUAAUCAUUUUUGAAUAGACAAGAAAAUUAUAAUUAUACAACUUUUUGUUUUUCUAAAUAUUUCUUGAGUGUUUCUUUUUUACAUGCUUCAUUACAGUAAUGGGGAGGUUUGAAAUCUGAACAUAGAUAAGAAAUUAUUGCUAUAGUUGAUUGAAAUCUACACUCAGAAAUUCUAGGUUAGCAGUGGUGUUGGUAUCUUUUCUUAUGGGGGCCUAUGGGUACUUGUCUUGACCCCUCAGAUGCUGUCUCAUAGCCAAAAUUCUAUCCUAAUUACCUUAUCAUCUCAUCUUAAAAUGUUAUGGAGUUUCAAAUAAUCUAGUCCUAAAUUUGACAUUGAGAAUCAAGCAAUUAAUUAAUAGUAAAAAAAAUUAAGUUGUGAAAGCAAACACAUUAUUUAUGUGAAUUGGUGAUAUUCAACUUCAAAAGUAAUACUAUAUUUUUGUAUUGCUGUCAACUAUCUUAUAAUUCUGAUCAUUUCCUAAUCUAAGGAUAAAGAUUUUUGGCUUCAGCUGCCCUUGGAUUCUUGUUGAAGCACUGCAUGCUGGACUGAAGCCAGGAAUGCAGUCAAGAAACUUGUGACCGAUUUACUGAUACGGUAAUACCUCCACUAAGAUCUAUAGAGUUAGAAUGUGUUUUCGAUUAUGUAAUUCUUUGGAUAUGUAUCAAUCAAAUAUAUGGAGCACUGAUCACACCGACGAAAAGAUCUUUACCAAGUACAGUGAAUCCCAUCCAACUCAUAACAUGGUUAGUUCCGAUUCCUCACCAGAUGUUAAUGUUAUGUAACAUGACUUGAUUGUUGAUUGUUGAUUGUUGAUUGUGUGUGGGGUGCUAUGUUGAGGACAAAAGAUGAAUAAAAAUGAUGGUAGAAAAGAACAAAAGUAUAUAAUUUUUUCAAAGAUUAUGGACUAGUAGUACAUGAGUGGCCUCUUUUGACAAGGCAAGAAAGUCUGGAGUACCCAUCAUCAUGGUCCCCUCUAUAUUUGGUGAUAUUCCAUUCAUAGUACUGUAUGGUAAGUGUUUCGAAAAUACAUAAUUCUGUAUGGUAAGUGUUAUGACUUAUGAGAAGUUUUCCUUUAUUUAUUUUUUUCAUUUUUUAUGCCGAGGGUUUACACAGAGGCUCCACUUCCAGUGCAUCAUAAUUUGUUCUGGUUCAAACUUAAACUUUGUUUAGAUGUCUAUCUGGAAGUUCUUGAUUAUCUAAUUUCAUUUAGCACUUUGUAAGACACUGAAAGCUUCCUGUUUCCGAACCCUACCACCCAACUAAAAGUUUGAAGUAUAGCAGACAAGUUGUGUGACAAUCAAUCACACUAUGUUUCUUCUCUUUACAUUUGCAUUCCCUAUGGAAUGGAUCAAUAUACUAUAAGAAUAGUUUUUCACAUUUUGUGUCCAAAAAAUUAAUGUCAUUGGGUGGCCUGUCAGUGUCCUGAUCGUCGGCCAAAACCACAUUAUACAUUGUUUCUCUGUGCAUUUUGUGUUUGGUGAAACAGUAUGAUUUUAAAUUCAAGUCAUAUGCAAAUAAUAUUGUGCAUGUUCUGCUUGAUACAUUGUAGUUAGAUAACAUUUUGUAGAAGAGCUGACUAAAGCAAAUGAACUCUGGGUUCGGUUUGUUGCUUACAUCUGUCUAGUUAAUAUGGAUAUUUUGUCUUUGAUAAGAUUCGAAUCAUCCGUAUAUAAGAUGAUAUUAUAUUUGUUGUAAUUGACAUUGUACUAACUACUAACCAACUUAACUUAAAAUAGGACUUUGCUACGCAUAUUUAAAUCUCAAGACUGAAACGAUUGGAGUAUUAAAAUAAACAAAAUACGUAUGGAUGCUCAAUUUAGUACAAUGCGCCAUGAAUUGUGUUAGUUUGACAAUCACAUUAAUCUAAGUUGCUUAUAACUUGUAUGUAUUAGCUGGUCAAGUAUCAUCAUAUACAUCUUCAAAUAGUCACGAUCGCUUACACCUAAUUUAUUGUUUUCCCUAAUGAUUUUAAAUUAGCAUGCAUUGUAAUGACCAACGUGAUACAACAACAUUACCAUCAGCUCAUGAUUUUUGAUCAUGGCCGAGAUUUGUCUGUCCGGACUUUUCAAGAACGCUUCCGCAAGGAUUCUCCAAACAAAUACGAUCUGUUAACACGAGUCGAGUUUUGUGCACCGAGUACGGCAGGAAUCAGGUACAUCAGGGACAAACAUGUAUGGACAAAUGAGAAUCUGGAUGAAUAUCAAGUGAUCAUUUUAAUGUAGUUGGGAACAUGUCGUUUGAAUUGCUUGACUUUUAACUCCGAAUUAAGAAACAGUUAGGAGUGUAGUCACUUGUCUAUGCUUUGUUUUAACAUAUUACAUAACCUUGUCAUUA